AUGAUGACGUGAAAGGAAUAAAACCGGAACCAAAUUUCUAGGGUUAGGUUGUGGGAAGAAGAAGAAGAUGAGUGGCCAUAUUGCGCAGGAUUGGGAGCCCGUGGUGAUCAGGAAGAAGGGGGUCACUGCCGGGCAGCGGCGCGAUGAGAAGGCCGUGAACGAGGCGCGUCGCAGUGGCGGCCCGAUCGAGACGAUUAAGAAGUUCAAUGCGGGGUCGAACAAGGCAGCGACAAGCACGCCGGGAAUUAACACCAAGAAGCUCGAUGACGAGACCGAGGAGCUCGCCCACGAGCGCGUUCCGACUGACCUGAAGAAGAACAUCAUGCAAGCCCGGACGGAGAAGAAACUGACACAGGCACAGCUUGCACAGCUGAUCAACGAGAAGCCUCAGGUCAUCCAAGAGUAUGAAUCGGGAAAAGCCAUCCCCAACCAGCAGAUCAUCUCCAAGCUCGAGCGCGCGCUGGGAGCCAAGCUUAGAAACAAGAAGUGAGUAGUUUCUCUUAUUUCCUCUUGUGAAAGUGUCGUAACUGUCGUCGUUGCGAACAAAACUAUGCUUUUACAAACAACGUUUGGAGGCCCCAAACUUGUAAAUUA